CAAGAACGGGAACUAUAACGGGAACCUAGUAAAUAACUUUGACACUUUUUAAUGUAGAAGCUUUAUGAUUUACGUUUCAGAUUCUCGUCGUUGCCGGUUUAGUAUUUUGCUGCAUCUCCGAUGGCUACAUCUUUGGACAAAUGUCUGGAAUGAUAAAUGCUUUAGCGGCACCAGACAGCCCUAUUCCGGUAACUCAAGAUGAUAUUUCAUGGAUCGCUUCUACAAUCAACAUAACUUGCAUAUGUGGAUUUGUACUUGUUGGAAUCUUAUCGAAAGCUAUUGGACGAAGAUUUUCUACUACUAUUCUUGGAAUUCCUGUAAUAUUAUGCUGGAUUGCGCUUUAUUUCGCACAAGACAAAUUCAUAUUUCUAUUGACAAGGGUAAUCGUCGGUGUGUCGUAUGGUGGUAUAUUUUGUCAAAGCAUUCUGAAUUGUGGUGAAUAUCUCCCUCCAAGCAUCAGGCAGUUUGCAUGUAACAUAAUCAUUACUCUCGGUAAUUUAUCUGGCGUAAUGUUAGGUCAUAUAUUAAGCCUUUUGAUGGACUGGAGAAACGUUGCACUUUUGGGUUUAAUUCCUUCAGGCUUGGCCUGUCUUCUACCAUUGUUCUGGAUCGAAAGUCCGUCCUGGCUUGCAUCGAAAGGAAAAUUUGAUAAGUGUGAGAAAGCUUUUAGAAAAUUGCGUCAAGACAAUGAAGAUAACAAGCUAGAAUUACGACAUCUUAUAGAGUAUGAGAAGAAAAAUCAAAGUGAUUAUGUUGCACGACAUAGCUCUAGGUUCAGUGACAUAAAGAAAGUUAUUUUUGCAUGUAAAGAGUUGUAUUUCUGGAAAUUAACUUUAACGCUAUUUGUUGUAAAUAUUUAUAGAGCUACUGCUGGUCGUAUUUUACUCAAUACAUUAGCAAUCACUAUGCUACAAGAAAUCACUGGUCGCACGAACGUAUUGCUAUUUACGUUGCUUGUUGAUGGAUUCGGAAUAAUCGGUGCUGCUGUUUCAUUUUAUUUAAUAAAAAAACUUAAAAUGAGAAAGCUUUUGUUUACCUCAGGCGUUAUUUCGAAUACUUUAUUGGUAGUUUUUAGUGCGUCUUUAUAUUUUGUACCGAAUGAAACCUGGUAUCCGUGGAUUAAAGUGGUAUUCAUGGCUUUAUACUACAUUGUAGUAAGUGCUGGCCCAUAUCCCGUGUUGGAUGUGUUUAUCGGGGAAGUUCACCCGCUGGAGAUAAAGGAGUUUAGCAGCUUUUUAUCGGGUGGUUUGGCUGGAGGAAUUCAUUUCUUAACAGUUCAACUUGCUGCAAGUAUGUUUGCGACGAUGGGAUACUCCGGCACGUUUUUAUUCAAUGCUUUCAUCGUAUCAUUUUGUCUAGUAUAUUUAAGUAUAUACAUGCCUGAAACGAAAGGCAGAACUUUACAAGAAAUUGAAAUGUUUUUCAAAACUGGAACAUUUAACGGUCAUGCAUUAGAUAAUCAUGAAUGCGCGAACGUAGUUUUAGUUGAAAGGAAAAAUUGAGUCCAUUGCACAACAGAAAAUACAGUAUUUUGAGUUUUAUCAUUACCAAUAUAUAAUAAAAUCAUAUUAAUUUCAGUUAUCGAUCUUAGUGUAAACGAAAACUCGGAUUCAGUGUUGUUCACAUAUAAAUCUAAAUAACAACUAGGCACUGUUUUUUAGAUUUCUAUGGUUGUUCAGUAUUAGAAUAUCGUAUAUGAUUGCAUUGUGUAGAUAUUAUGUAGGUGCAUACGAUUCCAAACGUACCUAAGUAGUUUAUUAAGUUUAGGUUCAUAAAAUGUAACUUAGUUUUUU